GAGGAAUAACUCUAAUAUCCAACAUUAAGCUUAUGGCAGCCCGCAUGAAAAAGUCACUACUAAUACUAAGAUGUCGAUUUUUCUUAAAGAUCUAGGGCUUAUAAAAACAAUAGAAGAUACAGAUAAUGUACCAGACAGUGGAGAUAGUUCAGACGAUGGGGAUGGAAUGGUAUCAAAGAAACAGAAGAAGAAAAUGAAAAAAACCCAGAACUUGUUUAAUUCUUCAUUUUCAUUUGUGGAUGGAGACACAUUACCAGUGUCUAAGACCACUAGCAUUUGGAAUCUGAAGCCAAAAGGGAUGUCAAAUAUAUCCAGUUUAGAUGACAAAAUUAAAAAAGUUCGCAGGGAAAAGCUGAAACAAAAUGGCAAGAGCCCUGAGGAAGAAGAUGAGAUGAGUAUGGAAGAAGACAUAGAUUCUUCAGAUGAGGAGGAUAUAAAGAUGGAUACAAUAAAGACUAAAGACAAGAAAAGAAAAAGGUCAAAGAAAGGGGAAGUGGAAGAAGAAGAAUUGGCAAAAGUUCAGUUUUCAGAGAGUAUAGACACAUAUGACGAGAAACUAAGCUUUCAGGAAAUGAACUUAUCUCGACCAUUGUUAAAAGGUCUCUCUGCCUUAAACUUCUUGAAGCCAACACCCAUUCAAGCAGCUUGUAUCCCUGUGGCUCUCCUGGGGAGAGAUAUUUGUGCCUGUGCAGUCACCGGUUCAGGUAAAACCAUUGCCUUUAUGCUGCCCAUACUUGAAAGAUUGAUGUACAGACCUAAGGCCACAGCAACAACUCGGGUCCUCAUUCUUGUUCCCACUAGAGAGCUGGCAGUGCAGGUCCACACAGUUGCUAGGCAACUGGCUCAGCACGCUAACAUUGACAUUUGUUUGGCUGCUGGUGGUUUGGACUUGAAAGCACAAGAGGCAAUGCUGCGACUGGGACCAGAUAUCGUCAUAGCAACACCUGGUAGAUUGAUUGACCACCUGCACAACAGUAUGAAUUUUACUCUCAACAACAUUGAAAUUUUGGUUCUUGAUGAAGCUGAUAGAAUGUUAGAUGAAUAUUUUGCUGAGCAAAUGAAUGAAAUUAUACGUUUGUGUGCAAGACAAAGACAGACGAUGUUGUUCUCAGCAACCAUGACUGAGACGGUUCAAGAGCUGGUAUCUGUCUCCCUGAAAGAUCCUGUCAAGGUGUUUGUUAACCAAAGUACCGAUGUUGCUCUUGGUCUGCACCAAGAAUUUGUUAGGAUUAGACCCAACAGAGAAGGAGACAGAGAGGCAAUUGUUGCUGCGUUGGUAUCCCGUAAUUUUUGUGACCGCUGCAUUGUGUUUAUUCAGACCAAGGUUCAGGCACAUAGAAUGCACAUCCUGCUAGGCCUUCUGGGUAUCAAUGUUGGAGAAUUACAUGGAAAUUUAUCCCAGGCUCAGAGAUUAGACACUUUGAAGAAGUUUAAAGAAGGCUUGAUUGAUGUAUUACUGGCUACAGAUCUGGCAUCCAGAGGUCUAGACAUUGAAGGUGUCAAGACAGUGAUCAACUUCACGAUGCCCAGCACACUGAAGCACUACAUCCACAGGGUUGGUAGAACAGCCAGAGCUGGCAAGAGUGGCAGAUCUGUGACUUUGGUAGGAGAGAAGGAAAGAAAAGUCUUAAAAGAGGUUGUAAAGGAAGCGAAAACUCCACUGAAAACAAGAAUCAUCCCACAAGAUGUUAUUACCAAGUACAGAGACAAAAUUGCCAGCAUUGAAGAGGAUAUCAAGACAAUACAGCUGCAGCAAAAAGAAGAAAGUCACCUCCGUUCUGUAGAAAACAAAAUGCAAAAGGCUCACAACAUGCUAGACAAGAAAGAGGAUCAGGAGAGACCUAGAAGCUGGUUCCAAAGUUAUAAGGAGCGAAAAGUUGAGAAAGCUAAAUUACGUUUAUCUGAAAAGGAUACUAAAGCAGAGAAAAAGAAAACCAGAAAAAAGUUAACGGCAGAAGAUCGUGUUAAUUUUGAGCUGACUAAAGCACAGUUGUUAAGUAUCAGAGCUACCAAGAAAUCAAUGAAGGCGAAACCCCUUGGAGCAUUUUCAGAAGAAAGUCCUAAAGAUUCUCGGAAACCCAAGAAUAAAAGAAAGAAGCCACGCACGUCUGGAUUUGAAGAAGAACUUGCAGACAUUGGAUCAAGUGCCGUUAAGAAAUUCAGAGCAGGACCUUCUUACAAGGAAAGAAAAGAAGCAAUGGGUCCUUCAAAGAAAGGGCCAAAGUCUUUUGGUAGAAAAAAGAAAUGAAAGACUGACCUUCACUUCUAAGUUAAUAAAGUCAUCAAAUCUUAA